AUGAAUAUUCCCAAAUCGGAUUAUCCACCCGAUGUCGAUAUGCAGAGUACUAGCAGUGAUGGUGAUCUACUCGAAUGGUAUCCAUCACAAGUCAAGGGACCAGUUGAUGAUGAAGUACAAGAAGCUGAUUUGAUAUCAACAAUUGAAUUCAAUGAAGAUGGCGAAUUACUUGCCGUUGGUGAUAAAGGCGGACGAAUCGUUGUAUUUCAACGUGAACAACAAACUAAAACGUCACCACGUCGGAAUGAAUAUAAUGUUUAUAUAACAUUUCAUUCCCAUGAGCCCGAAUUCGAUUAUUUGAAAAGUUUGGAAAUCGAAGAGAAAAUUAAUCAGAUACGUUGGCUGAAACGAAAAAACGCUGCACAUUUUCUCCUCUCAACAAAUGACAAAACGGUGAAGUUAUGGAAAAUUUCUGAAAAGACAAAACGAGCCGAAGGAUAUAAUCUUCGUGACGACAAUGGAAUUAUUCGUUCAGCUAACUCACUAACUGAUUUACGUAUACCAGUGAUAAAACCGAUGGAAUUAAUGGUCGAAGCAACACCUAAGCGUGUUUUUGGAAAUGCACAUACAUAUCAUAUCAAUUCAAUAUCGUUAAAUAGUGACCAGGAAACAUUUUUAUCAGCUGAUGAUCUACGAAUUAAUUUAUGGCAUACUGAAGUGACAGAUCAAAGUUUCAAUAUUGUUGAUAUAAAACCACCCAAUAUGGAAGAUCUGACCGAAGUUAUAACUGGUGCCGAAUUUCAUCCACGUGAAUGCAACCUCUUUGUUUACAGUAGCUCUCGCGGUAUUAUACGUCUUUGCGACAUGCGACAAUCAGCACUUUGUGAUCGACAUUGUAAAGUUUUCGAAGAACCAGAAGAUCCAUCAACGCGUAGCUUCUUUUCGGAAAUCAUUUCGUCGAUUAGUGAUAUUAAAUUCAGUCAUUCAGGCAGAUAUAUGCUAACACGAGAUUUUCUCAAUCUGAAAGUUUGGGAUUUGCAAAUGGAUAAUAAACCUGUGGAAACAUAUCCAAUUCAUGAAUAUCUUCGUUCGAAAUUGUGUGUUUUAUAUGAAAAUGAUUGUAUCUUUGAUAAAUUCGAAUGUGGUUGGUCGCCAAAUGAUGAUCAUUUACUUACCGGUUCUUAUCAUAAUUUAUUCAAAAUAACUUCACGUUUAUCAAGAAGAGAUGCAAUAUUUGAAUCAUCACGUGAACAAGCUAUUCGUCCACGACAAAUCUUAAAAUCUAAAAAGGUGCUUCCAUCAGCUCGUCGUAACCGUCGGGAUGAAAUCAAUCCUGAUAGUUUAGAAUUCACCAAGAAAAUCCUUCAUUGUGCAUAUCAUCCAACUGACGAUAUCAUCGCUAUUGCUACGGCACAUAAUCUUUUUACAUAUAUUGCAAAAGAUCCAUCGUCACCGUUGUCAUCUUAG